AAUUAGACAAAGCGUAACAUGGACUCCGGGCCCGUGCAGGCGCUGCAGCUCCGGGACCAACCGCAGCCGGCGAGCGCCGCGACUGGCUCGGUCGCAGCCAAUGGGGCGGGCCGGGGCCUCCAUGUGAUUGCCAGCACUUUCCCCGGUUGUCCUGCCGCGCCCGCCGAGGGUCGGGGCGCUUCCGCAGCCGCGCGGGCCGGCCGACCAGAGGGGCGUGUGUGGCGAAUGAGGUGGCCCAGGGUCGGGGACCGGCGGCCAGAGGCUCCUAGACGCCGAGCAGGUGCAUGGGGCGGGGAAGAGCCGCAGCCGCAGAUCGCCGUCGCCGGAACACUUAUCUGUCAAACGGCCACCUGGGCAGGGCGCGGUGCCAGGCAGCCGCUGUGGCCAGGCGCGAGCGAGGCAAGGGUGUCAAGAUCCUGGUACAAUUUCAUGCGAGAGUUGGGACUGGAAAAUCUGAAGGACUGCCCCAUUGGAGGCACCGGCUCUUUGAAGAAGAUGGCUGUCCUGACUCAUCAAGGGAUGAUAAGGCCUUCCUGCCAUGUGCCGAGAGAAAGCAGAAGACAAACAGGUUUUCAUGUUGGUGAAAGGAAAGGCGGGGAGAGCCUUGGAGAUGAAAAUUAGUCAUCAGUGAGCACUCUGCAGCCGAGAGGUUUAACGAGGGCCUGGGCCAGCUGAGGAGGUGCUGCCUGUGGACGCAGUGGACGCAAGUUUGUGUGGCCCCGGCCCUCCGGACACCUGAGCACUGAGCCAGCUCUCCUCUGACAACGGCCUCCAGGCUCUCAGUGUGGUGCCGAUCACACCAGGUCCCCGGGACUUAGGGCCUCUCUUGCCUGUACCAGUGUUAAUUUGGAUUCGUAAACCUGUGCAACUUUCCUGCUUCUCCCUGCCUUCUGGAGGGACAGGGCGUGAAGUGAGGGUGAGGAAGAAUGACUCAUUCUGCAGGAGGGAAGGAAGAGUUCCAGCCUCUCCCAAGGUUAUGUCUCUGCUAAUCCCCACUCCAGGCAGGCCACAUGUGGAAGACAUGGCGUUGACUUAGAAGACCUUGAAAGUGGUGUCCAGCGGCGACUUCUGGGCCUCGGGCGCUGUCCCCUGCCCUCCCUGCUCAAGAGCAAUGAAGAGAUGGUGAGCAGAUAGAUGGUGGGGAAGGUUGAGACAGACAUUAAAGCGGAGACAGCCACUUGGCAGGCAUGUGGUAGGUGGAAAGCACCAGAUUGGGGCCCUGACCUGGUGACCUGUGAGGCCUUGGUAAUGGUAAGAUGCUAUGGCUCCCCAGGGAUGGGGUCCAGGGGUGAUGGCUCCUGAGUCUGGGAAGCGGAGUGCGGGAGAAGUCGCAGCAGCACUGGUGGCUGAGUGCCCUCCAUUCCUGCCUCUGGUUUGUGCCGUAGGCUCAAGAACCCAGCCCUCCCACCAUCUGCUGAACCAUCCUCAUACUAAGUCACCCCACAGCAAUAAUUCUAUGGGCCCGACUUCUUAAGUGCAGUAAGAAUAUUAGAAACCAUCUCCAAAGGCUUAUUAUCUGCUGGGCACCAUGCCAGGCUUGUACCUACAUUAUAUCUCAUUUAUUCAUCAGCCAGUCCCAGGUUCAAAUUCUGGCUGUGCCAUUUAUUAUUGAGAGUCACUUUAGGCAAAUUACUUAACCUCUCUGAUCCAGUUUCUUUAAGCCAUAAAAUGUGAAUAAUAAAAGCACUUAUAUUAAAUAGUUGAGAGGAUUAAAUAAGUUAAUGUAUGGAAAGUGCUUAGCAGAGGCCUGGCACAGCACUCGAUAAUGUUUACCAUCGCUACUAUGUGCUGGGAUUAUCAUUAUCAUCCGGCCUAUUUUACACAUGCAGUCAAGGCGACUGGCAGCUCUGGUAUUCCCGCCUGGGUUCAUGGGACUUUAAAGCCUGGCUUUUUUCCAUUAUGCCUCAUUACUUUUUAAGAUUUCUCUUACAGGAUGUGGCAAUUAUAAGAUUCAGAGUCCUUUGAACUCUGCUGAGAGUGGAACAGUGUCAUCUCUUGUUUCCUAUUAAUAGUUUAACACACUGGCAUAUAGAUCACAAAAUGGUUUCACUUUAAGCAUCACACCCUCAAGUUCAGGAACUGUGUCUUACACACUUUUGCUUCUUCAGUGUCCAGCAGAGUGCCUGUCACUGAAAGGCACCCAACACGUGUGUACUGAGUUGAACUGACUUGGAUCCACAGGGAAAACGAAGCUGGUGAGGUAACUAGGGCUUCACUGCUCCCCCUGGCCAUCCGCUGGGUGCCCCGUUUGACCCCAAAGGUCAUUGUCUCCAUACUUCCCAGCUUAUUGUGAAUUAAGGUGCAUUUUAAAGUUCCUUCCUCCGUAUUUCUCUCUUCUUAGUCUCUCUUCUCAGUGUAUUCAUUUACUGACUCUACAAAUAACUAUUAAGUGUCUGCUACAUAUCAGGCUCUGUGCUUGGUGCUAAGAUAUAAUAAUGAAUAAGAAAAUCAAAAUUCCUGCCCUCACAAAGGGAUACAGUAGGUGUCCAGGAGGUGAGGUUGGAAUAAAGUCGCUGAGGAAUGCCGUGUGCAUGAGACAGCAAGAUGUGUGCACUGUGUGCCGUGCUCUGGCGGGAGAGGUGGAGGUGCCAUGGGAACAUGCAGCAGGAGCGCCUCCCUGGGACUCGGACUCAGGCAAUAAUAUCACGGGGAGCAGCCUAAACUGAGUUGCGAAGUGGAGUGGGAGCUACACAGGUAAGGGCUGCAGCGGGGAGCUAUGUUUGAGGCAGAGAGAAGUGCUGGGAAAGUGCCACCGAAUAGGGACCUGUGGGUAUGAAAGGGGGGGCAUAUAUAUUUGAGAAACAAAAUAUAUAGAAAUGAGGCAACUUGAGAAAAUGUCUGAAGUAACAGCAACAGAUGGUAAAUCACUUCAAAUGAUGUAAUAAUAUAUGCGUGUGAACGCAUUCAGUAGAAUGCAACAAGAGGUAUUUUGUCAAAAUGAGGUCACAGACUACCUACAUGAGAGUCACCCGGGUUGCUUGUUAAAUAUACAAGGACAUCAUCUCAGGCCUCGGGAAUCAUAACGUCCGGAGGUAGGGCCUGGGCAUCUGCAAGUUCAGCAAGCACCCUGGGUGAUUCUGAUGCCUGUUAAGGCGUGUGAACCAGUAUUUACUGAGCGCCUCCCAUGGUUCAACAAGCCCCACGGUCAGGAUCAGAGAGGAGGGGUCUAAGGUCCAGAGGAGACACCACAUGGGCCCUGGGGCAUGAAGGCACGGUGCUCUCAGAGGCAGAUGAAGACAAGGGAGGAUGUUUCUAGUAGGUGAGAUUGGAAUAAAGUCACUAAGGAAAUCUAAAAAGAUGGUGCAGGGCCCACCUGUUGGCGCAAGCGGUUAAGUGCGCGCGCUCCGCUGAGGCGGCCCGGGUUUCGCCGGUUCGGAUCCCGGGCGUGCACGGACACACCGCUUGGCAAGCCAUGCUGUGGCGGCGUCCCAUGUAAAGUGGAGGAAGAUGGGCAUGGAUGUUAGCCCAGGGCCAGUCUUCCUCAGCAAAAAGAGGAGGAUUGGCAGAUGUUAGCUCAGGGCCAAUCUUCCUCACACACACACACACAAAAUACUUAAUAAAAAAAAAAAAUUAAAAAAAAGAUGGUGCAGGGGACAGCAAAAAUAUUGGACUGCCUGGAGUGGAAGGGCAAGGUUGUGGAAUAACAGAGUUUUAGCUAAAGAGAUUUUAUGGAAUUCUGCAAAUGAAAGGCAUUUAAUCAGACAACAGGAAAUUAUUACAUGGUCUUCAGCAGGAAAAGCUCUAGUGCGAUGGAAAUCCUAUUGGAAGGAUGGUUAACAGGCAAAUACUUUUGUGUUUACGACUUUGGACACCUCACUUAAUUUCACUGAACCUUGAUUUCUUAAUCCAUCAAGUGGAGAUGACGAUACCUACUUUUCAGGAUUGUGAGGAUUGAGUGGUAUAUAUAUGAAAAGUCAAUCCUAUUCUGGACCAAGGCUAUAUUAAAACAUUAACAAAAACUAAAACCAAACACACACAAUUUUUCAUAACGGCUUGUGAUAUCUGGCCCCAUGAUAGUUAGUGUACCUGUUUACUGUAUAUUUCCUCCGUUCCUCUGGUCUUCCCUGAGCCUGUCUCUAGCUGCUCUGGUGGCUUCCUGGGAGCCUGCGUAGCCAGCCCUCUCGUGGAGCGCCCUCUAGUGCUGAAUGCUAUAAUGACUCAUUCAGUCUUGGAUCUGAGGGUAGUUUUCUAAUCUUAUGAGAAACUGUCCUUUAAAGCUAAUACAGCCUACAUGAAAAUAACGUCUUUAGUAAGAAGCAACACAUGGAUACCAAGAGCAAAUUACUUGGUAAUUUUUUAGCCAUAAUAUCAGUGACUGGUUAAUGAUCUUCUCGAAACAAAAUCGCUUAGCAAAUACUGCGGGGUUGAAGAUAGACCCAAAGACACAAAAGUUUCCCUUCCUGAGGCUUCCCCUAUGUUAAAAAGAAAACCACAGGCCCCAAAUGGUGUCACUCGUGCUAAAGCCCAUGAUACCAAACCUAGAUUUAAUACCUGAUCUAAUUCCGGGAGAGUUUCAACCUCUCCCGGAAAUGUAAAAAUGUAAUAUUAAUUGACCAGUUUGGAAUUUUCUGAUCAAGCACCAGUAAGGUAAUCUGUCACGUGGGCCCUCUCCAUUCUCACCCCCCCCCCCCAAGGAGAGGUAAUCUGCACGAUAAAUAGCGCCCCCCCUCAUUCCC